AUGGAAAACUUAAUUAGAGAAUCUAAAAACUAAGAAAAGGUUUUUGAUACAAUAAGAUAGCAACGACUUAAAAUGAUUAAACAUACAUUUAUACUAAUUCUUAUUAUUGAAAGUGUUGUAAUCAUCAGUAUACACUUAUAUUUAUUCAGCCUAAAUUUUUAUGUUAACAUAUUAUCAAAUGUACACACCAAAUAAAAAUGAGUAUUAUAGACUUUGGAUAUCAUUUUAUUACAGUUGUUAGGGAAAUAAUUGUUUCUAAAAUAAGUAUUAAAUAAAUUAAAUAAGGUAUAUAUGUAGCAAUCUUUCCUAUUAAGAAAAAUAUCAUGAUACUUAUUGCUAUAAUACUUCAACCAUGAAUAUCAUUAGAUAUGUUUUAAGUUCCAUUCUUAUUUUUAUCAUACUUUUAAUGUUCUUUGAUAUAUACAGAAUCAUAAAAAUUAAGAAUUCUUUAAAUAAUCGAAUAUUGUCUUAAGAUCUAGUUUAUUAAGCUGAAAAAUUUUAAAUUGUUAUAACAUUAUUAUUAGCCUUAUAUUAUGGAAUAAUAUUGAUCUUUAUAUUUGUUGUAGAUGGGGAAUGUAAUUCAUUUUUAAUUUAUUAGAUGGAAGUGCAUUAGGAUUAUCAUUCUAUGUUGGAAGUGUAGGUACAGGAAUUUACAUGAUAAUUAUAAUUUACUCUAGAUAUGUAAGAGGAAGGUUUUCAAGAACAACCUAUUUUGAAAAAUUACUAAAUCAAUAACUUAAUGAUUCAGAAUUAUAAUAAAAUUAUGAAUUCAAAACUAUUGAAGAAAAAGAGGAAAGUUUUUAUUCAGCAUAAGAAUGA